AUGUCCACGCUGACGGACUACGACCUGUACAACCAAUUGGGCCAGGGAACGUUUGGGGUGGUGACGAAGGCCCGUCAGAAGUCGUCAGGCAAGCUUGUGGCCAUCAAGAAGUUCAUCGUGAAGGACAAGAAAGAGGGUUUCCCGAUCACCGCGUUCCGCGAGAUCACGAUCAUGAAGAAGCUGAAAAAUAUCAACGUGUUGCAGAUUGUGGACAUGAUCCACGAGAAGGACGGCUCUUUCUUCUACACGGUCUCGCCCUACAUCUCGUCCGACUUGAACGGGCUACUGAACAACCCGAGAAUAGACCUCUCCCUCCCGCAGAUUAAGUCCCUCAUGCAGCAGAUCCUGCAAGGCAUCAACUACGUGCACCAGUCGGGCUACCUCCACCGUGACAUCAAAACCGCCAACAUCUUGUUGGACCACUUCGGCAUAGUCAAGAUUGCAGACUUCGGCUUGGCCCGUCUGUUCCACGGCGAGCCCCCGGCCACCGCAGACUCGCCACCGGGUGGAGGAAAGUUUGAGUAUACCGGCUUGGUGGUCACGCGUUGGUACAGACCACCGGAGUUGCUUCUCGGAGACCGGAAAUACACCACCGCAGUGGACAUGUGGGGGAUAGGAUGUGUUUUCGGCGAACUCUUCAACAAAAAACCGAUUUUGGAAGGCCGGUCCGACGUGCACCAGGCAGAAAUCAUCUUCAUGUUGCUUGGCUCCCCGACCCCGGAAAACUUCCCCAACUGCCAUCUGAUCAACAGGCACGGCAUCGACUUGAAAAAUAACUAUCCACGGACUCUAGAAUCAUCCUUCAACACAUUCAUGCCCCCAGAUGCCUUGAAACUCCUUGCUGGAAUGUUGACUCUCGACCCAAUGAAGAGGUACAAUGCGCUGAAAUGUCUAGAGUCGCCAUUUUUCACAAACGAGCCUUUACCAAGUGAUCCUGCAGAGCUU